AUGUCAAAGUUUCCAAAAUCACCAAGAUUCUUUGACAAUUCAAAUCUACCAGAUUUACGAACUUUUCAACUCCUCAAGGAUAAUAAAGUUGUCUCAUUCAAUAGUCAAACCACCAAUUUCAACUAUAAUCCAUUCACAUUCCCUCAACUGAAAACAAAGGCCAACGUUCCUUUAGAUUAUCACCAUCUUCCUAAUAGGAUCACAGUUGUGCCGCCAUCUCCGAAACCAUAUUCUCCCAACGAUAUUCCUUGUUUCCAGUUGAAUUCUCAACAAAGCUUGGAUCCUAUUGCAUUCAUAGAAAGUGUACUGGCAUUAGGUAGACGUUCGGGAGCUAUAAAGAUAAGACUACCACGAGAAGACACGGAAUUAUUUCAAUCCACUAUUCAAAUAAAUUCAGAUUUAUUUUGGUUCCAAACUAAUAAAUUGUUGAAUAACCCUCUGAAGGAUGAGUUAAUCAUGAGGUUGAGAUUCCAUCAGGAUUUACUAAAAUUUCAUCAAAGUGAACAUCUGGAUGCUGUGCCAUUUUACUUGAAUAAGCUUCCUAUGAUUGACAAACGUCCACUUGAUUUGUAUAAAUUGUUUAGGUCGGUGAUUAUCCGUGGUGGAUUUAUGGAAGUUAUUAAUAAGAAAUUGUGGGCUCAAAUCGGAAGGGAAUUGGGAUAUAAAGGGAAAAUUAUGACCAGUUUGAGUAGUUCUUUAAAAGCGUCAUACCAAAGAAUCCUUUAUCCAUUUGAGUUAUAUUUGGGGUCUAAGAAAUACGACUACGUUGUCAGAAAAGAAGAAGAUAUAAAGGAGGAAUUCUUAUCCAAUGGAAAACAGGGCAUGUCACCACCACCACCUCUAAUCAUUGGUUCUGCCAAAGACUAUAAACGAUCAGUUAAAUCAAAAUCAUCUAAAGGGAUCCUAUUGAAUUCUCCUCAUUUAGUAGAUAUAAAACAACCAAACAUUUUUACCAUUAAACAAGAUGAAAGGAAGAGAAAUAGACGACCAAACGAUGUAGUUGAUUCGCCUAUACUACCACAAUCACAAUUAAAUCAUGCUAUUAAAACCAUGAGAACCAACAAGGUUUCAUAUCAAGAUGACUCCCGAUUAAAAUCAGCCGUGAAAACCGCAUCUAUAUAUUCCUUGAGACAAUUUAUGGAAAAGGAUUUGAAAUUUCAAGAGUUUGUUAUUCAGAAUAAUCCAGAUGAGUUUAAAAGUUCUUAUAAUCACGAUAGUUCGAUUUUAGACCGAAAUGUUAUUCCCUAUGAUGAGUUUGAAAAGAUAUAUUGGAGCUUUGUUUCUAAUAGUAAAGUUCAUGAUAUUUUGAAUAAUGGUAUUGAAUUAGAAUUAGGUCAAGACAUACCAAGUUAUAUUAAUGGAUCAGGUUUUGUUAAGAUUGGGGAUGAUUUAAUUAAUUUCAAGAAUGCUUUGAAUAGUAUACAUUUAAACACCGAAACCAGUAAAGUUGUUCGUACAACCACGGUGAAAUCAGUCACUACGUUCUUACAAGGUAGCCAACCAUCGUUAAUCAAUACAUCCACCACUAGCCAGAUUGAUUUAGGUGAAUUUAAUUCAAAAAACUAUGUCGACGAACUUUUCAAAGCAGCAUUGCAUCCUUGGAAUUUGCACAAUUUCCCAACUCAUCAGAAUUCCUUGUUGGGAGCAUUGUAUGAACAAGACACUAAUAAUCAAGAACUAACCAAUACAAACUUGAAUAUUGGUAUGACUUUCAGUACCGAGAAUUGGCAUUGUGAAGACCAUUUCACACAAUUGGCCAAUUACCAAUUCUUUGGUGGUUUAAAACGAUGGUAUUUCAUUCCAGAACUGGAAUUUGACAAGUUUGAAAAAUUAGUGCUUAGUCUCAACCAGCAGUUUAAAAAUCGAGCUCAUGUUAAUGGUGGUGAACAUCUUGAUAUUCCUGAAUUGAUUCAAGCCAUGAAAGGAGGACUGGAAGAAAUGGAAUAUGAUGCAUUGGUGUCGUCCCUUGAAAACAAAAUAAAUACAGAAAAUGAUAUCAGAUUACAGCAUUUGAAUCCAAAUUUCCAAAAGUUGAUUGAUUUACAUAAUAAAAGGUUCAAGUAUAAUCAAGAGCUUAUGAUAACCCCGAAAAUAUUGGCUGAGAAUGGAAUUAGGUUCACGACAACCAUUCAAGAACCGGGUGAAUUCAUCAUCAAAUUUCCUAAAUGUUAUUCUUCAACUAUUUCGUUUGGGUUCAAUUUGAGUGAGUCGGUAAACUUUGCUUCUAAAACGUGGUUGAAUUUCUCAGUUGAAGGUGAGAAAUGGUUAGCUAAACAAAGCAUCUUGCCUAAUUUCCUGAUUUUUAAAUUGUUGAUUAAUUUAGCCCAGAUGUAUGAUAGUGGACAUAAUACUACUUUUGAUUCGGAGAUUUAUUCUCAAGUUGGAGGGUUGUUUGAUGACUUAUUGGCCCGAGAGAUUGAUUUACGGAAUAAAGUUAGAAAACUCAAAAUCAAGGAAGUAUUGAUUGACGAAAAACUGUUUAUAGAAACCGAUAUGAUUAGUGAUGACGAUUUGGGAAAUGUUUUCCCUUCUCGUGUGGUUUUGGUUGACUCCAAGACUAAGGAAAGUUUUAUAACUACAUUGGAGAAUUAUUUGCAGUAUCAAGAAGAUCUGGCUCUUGAUUGGAAUCACCUUACAGUUGAAUUGCAAUUAUUUUAUUCCGACGAUAAGUUGAAAUCAUUUUCAAAAAUCUUGAAUAAUUAUUCUGUGGAUUAUGAAGCAUGGACGAAAAACUAUGAAGAUUUAAUGGCUGAAAAUGGCGACAUUUCCUUGAAAACUUACAAGUCAUUAUUGAUUGAAGGCGAAAAGAUUUAUUCUUCAAUAUUCUCAAUUAAUUACUUGACAAAUUCGGCUAUCAGAAAUGAGAAAGUUGAUGAUGGUCGAUUGGCUGUGUUUAAAAACUACAUCAAGAACUUGCGAACAUUUAUCACCGACGCUAAUUUAUUCAUUGAAGAAUGUCAGAAUGUAUUGUCUCUUAAACAUUUACAAAGAAUUAGAAACGGGAAUGAAACUCGUCGUGGUAGUAACGCCAAUGGCCCUGGAUUAACUGAAUUAAUUAACCUAGUUGAGAAAGUGCCCGGGUUGAACUUCUCAUGUCCUGAAAUUGAACAAUUAUUGGAGUUUAAAACUGAAAUUGAGAAUUUUGACAAUGCAACAAGAGCAUUGCUAUCAAGACGAAACAAGUCACUUCAAGAAUUUGAUGAUUUGAUUAGUUUAGGAGAAAGUUUUGGUCUUGAAAUUCCUUCGUUGGAAUUUAUAACUAGAAUAAGAGAUCGCAUGAAGUGGAUGAAGAUUCAUGAUUUAAUCCAAAAAGGAGUUGAUCCAUAUGCUGAUAAGAAAGAAGUGUUCACUUUGGAUAAUUUAGUUGAGUUUUUCAACCAGGGAUUGGAAAUCUUGUCUACUUCGGACUUGGAGCUAAUUAAGGAAAUUGAAGUUAUUUUGAACCAAAGCAAACAAUUCAAUGCUAAAGUUUGUGGAUUUUUAUGUUAUCAAUAUGCGGAAGAAUUGGAUUUGAAUGAAUUGCAGAAGAUGGCAGAACGAUUUUCAAAAGAAAAGUUGUUUAUUUCAAUGGAGAAUUAUAUCGAAUUGUCUAAACUCCAUUUGAACACAAAAUUAAUUACUCAUGUUAAGAAUUUUAAUACUUCUGCCGCUGAAACUAAAUUUCCUUACGCAGAUAUCAGACAAUUACAAAGUUCAAUUGUGGAAAGUGGAUUGAAAUUUACCGACUCUCUAUUAUCUAGCAAUUUAACCAAAACUGAAGAAUGGGUUCUGCAAAUAUUUGAAACAUUUGAUAAAAUCAAAAUUGUGACUACCUUAAGCAAAGAUGUUGAUUUGGAGCAUUUGAAUACAAAACUUUCCUUGAAUACAAAAUUAAUUGAGAAAUUGUAUCAACUACUUUACAAAUCUGAAUUUAGCUUGUCUGAAGAUGAUAACUAUCAAGAGUCCUCAUCUUAUACAGCACGCUUUGUGGAUGAGGACCUGGAUGUAUCACCUAAGUUUUACUGUAUUUGUCGUGAAUAUGAAUUUGGUACUAUGGUGGAAUGUGAUAAGUGUAAUGAAUGGUAUCAUGUCCAAUGUGUUAGAGAGACAUCAAAUCCUGAUGAUGACAAGUAUAAAUGUCCAACUUGUAUUUUAAUUGACUCGACCAAUACCAAAGAUCUGUUUUUGGAAUCACAAAUGACUCUCGAUGGCAUAAAGUCUAUAUUCAGCCAAGGAGAACAAUUGAAAGUUUAUCCAACGAAUGAAUUAAAGGUUUUGAAGGAAAUUAUUACAACUCUUGACAAGUAUCAUGAAGAGUAUCAAACUAAGAUUGCUGCUAUUGUAAAUGGAUCUUCUACUAUCGAACUUAAGUUGGAUUCAUUAAGGUUUAUUUUGAGAAAAUUAUAUGGUUGUGGGUUAUUCCUUGACGAUUUGUGGGAACAUGUAUUGAAUUUGAUUAAGGAAUUUGAGAAUAUUUUAAAGGAA